AUGGCCGGAGCUGUGAUUUAUGAGGAUCCAGAGGACAUACCGCCUGUUCUGCCUGUGGUGGAGUCGCCCUUUAAAGAAGAACCAGCAUACAGUCAUUUGACACCAGCGCAACAGGAGAACAGCUGGUUCACAGACGGGUCAGCAACCGUAGAAGGAGGUGCAAGGCUUUGGAGAGCAGUGGCUUAUCAACCUCACACUGAGACCAUCCUGAAGCAACAGGGGGAAGGGAAAUCAAGCCACUGGGCUGAACUUAUUGCUGUCACUAUGACAUUACCAGAACAUCAAAGCUUCCCUGUUGUUGUUUAUACUGACAGCUGGGCAGUUUUUCAAGGACUAACAGCGUGGAUCACAAUGUGGAGAAGGGCUGCUUGGACUAUUCAUGGGAGAGAACUCUGGGGUGGCACAGAACUGUGGGAGCAGCUUUGGUCAAUGGGCACGAGAGGGGAGACUCUCAUUGGUCAUGUAGAUGCCCAUGCCCCUCUGAUAUCCCUUGAGAGGCUUUUUAACCAACAAGCUGAUCUAAUAGCUGCUGUUCGAGAACUCAACCUGGAAGAAGCCUAUCCAGAGAAUGAUGACCUGUUCAAAUAUGCUGAAGUAAAUGUAAUCGAGCCUUCCUUAAUAUCAUUAGCAAG